AGCAGCUCGCGUAGCUCGUGCCUGCAUGGCUGGAAUCAGGAAAAGACAGUUGACGUUGUUAGGCCUUGCUAGAUGAUUGGCGAGGUAAGAUGGCGGCGCCAGAGGAGCCAGAAUUAUCCCAGGCGCAGACUGAAAAACUCCUCCAAUUUCAGGAUUUAACCGGUUUGGAAUCAAUGGACCAAUGUCGUCGAACAUUAGAGCAGCACAAUUGGAACAUAGAGGCUGCAGUACAAGACAGGCUUAACGAGCAGGAAGGAGUGCCCAGUGUGUUUAACCCUCCACCAUCCAGACCACUUCAGGUCAAUACAGCAGAUCAUAGAGUAUAUAGUUACAUCGUGUCAAGGCCACAACCCAGGGGGUUACUAGGAUGGAGUUACUAUUUGAUAAUGCUACCUUUCAGAUUUACAUAUUACACACUUCUGGACAUAUUCAGGCUCGCCCUGCGGUUCAUCAGGCCUGAUCCUCGUGGUCGUGUGACAGACCCCGUUGGAGACGUUGUGUCUUUCAUUCAUAGUUUUGAGGAGAAGUAUGGGCAGGCACACCCUGUCUUUUACCAGGGAACAUACAGCCAGGCACUGAAUGAUGCCAAAAGGGAGCUCCGCUACCUAUUAGUGUACCUUCACGGAGACGAUCAUCAAGACACUGACGAGUUUUGCCGCUCCACAUUAUGUACGGAAGAGGUCAUUACCUUCCUCAACACACGAAUGCUCUUUUGGGCAUGUUCAACAAGCAAGCCCGAGGGCUACAGAGUGUCCCAAGCGUUGCGAGAGAACACCUACCCGUUCCUGGCCAUGAUAAUGCUGAAAGAUCGCAAGAUGACCGUGGUGGGCAGGCUCGAGGGUCUCAUUCAGCCAGAGGACCUUAUCAACCAGCUGACAUUCAUCAUGGAUGCUAACCAAACAUAUCUAAUGUCAGAGCGCCUUGAACGCGAGGAGAGGAACCAGACCCAAGUGCUAAGGCAGCAGCAGGAUGAGGCCUAUCUGGUUUCGCUCCGUGCCGACCAGGAGAAGGAACGAAAGAAAAGGGAGGAGCAGGAGCAGAAGAGGCAAGAGGAGGAGAAGGUCCGACAGAGUGCUCUUGCUGAAGAGCGGAGACGACGAACACUUGAAGAGGAGAAGGAGAGGAAGUCGGAAUGUCUUCCUCCAGAGCCUCUUGCAGAUGAUCCUGAAAGUGUCAAAAUAGUGUUCAAGCUGCCCAACGAUACACGAGUAGAGAGGCGAUUCCUGUUUGGUCAGUCUCUGACGGUAAUACACGAUUUCCUAUUCUCUUUGAAAGAAACUCCAGAGAAGUUUCAGAUAGUUACAAACUUCCCUCGCCGAGUCUUGCCCUGCCUUCCCACUGAAGAGCAGCCCAACCCACCCACGCUGAAAGAGGCAGGACUCAGCCGCUCCGAGGUGCUUUUUGUUCAGGACCUUACGGACGAUUAAUAGAUAACAUACCUCUUCUACAGCGAGGAAACAUUUUCCUCUGACACCAACCCAUCCUUUUUUUUUCUUUUUUCUUAUUUUGUUCAAUGGCCAUUAUGCAUAAGGGAUCAUUGAGAUAAAACCCUAACCUGGAAAAAAAAAUUAAACCACCCUACAUCUAGUCCUUGUUUGGUUGUGUUUACAGGGUUCCCAAUAGCCUGGAAAGUCUUGAAUUUUAUCAAAUAAAUAUUUCUUGAAGUCCUUCCUUGAGCUCAUCUUUAUGUGUGGACAGAGUUUGAUUUCCAUCACUUGUACUUGCCCCCAGUUAAUUUGUGUUCUUUCACACCAGUAUUUGUUGCAGCAACAGAUUUAAUCAUCUACUGAAAUGUUCUGAAACAGCACAAUAGCUUUGUGCAACACCAUAACCAUAACCCAGAGUAGUUCAUUUGUGGGCAUCUGACCCACCAGAAUGUGAUAAUAGUUACCUUGAGGAUGCAGAAUGGAGAUUUCUAUGAUGGUGUGUUUCCUUAGUUAACUCCUUUUUUAAAAAAAAAAGAUUUUGGUCAAAGUUUUGAUGUCUGAUCCUUGUCAUCAUUCAACAUCCUUUCGCCUUGAGUUUAUGUUUCCCUCACACUGACUAAUGAGCACAACAAAAUCGGUCUGAGUUGGGUUUGUUACCGCUGUGAUUGUUAAUCCAUGUGGUUUGAAGAACAAAUGUACCUACUUCAGGGAGCAGGUUAGUGGUUUUGGACUUUGAGGAUAAAUGGGAACCCUGUUAUAAAUGAGCCAUGACCUGUACAUAAGUUAGCUAUUUAAAAUCCCUAAAUUUACCAUAUGUUUUGUUUGACUCCUAUGUGUCAUGAAAUGACCAAAUGCAGAUUGGUUACUAUGUAAAGCAGACUGCCGCAAGCUCAUGAAGUUCAAAGAUACAUUAUUUAACAAGAAGCCACAGCUUUUACAUGUGGCUUUAUCUAGUAUAGUGCGAGUCUGCUCAUAGUGUGCCUGUGGUUACUCAUAGAUGCCUGUUCGCCUGUAACAUCUAAAUGGGCUCAUGUAAAGAUGUAAUUUUCCAACUAUAAAUUAAAAACAUUUUAAAAA